AUGUUGGAAGAAACUGCGAAUGGUUGGGCUAUGGGGUUGCAUUCGUUUCUCGAUGUUUCGCAGUUUACACCGAUCGUCCCAAAUUUAUGGGACAAAAAGACAUUCAACGUGCAAUACACGAAUGAUACGAAAAUUAAAAAGUCUGAUGUACUCCUUGGAUACUUAAUUUUAUUCUGGAUUGUUUUAUAUGUUGCGUACGAGAAGUGCCUUAAUUCGUUACUUCGACGAAUGCGCAUUCCAUUGAUGCAGAGAAGUAGAAUAAUCGAGGCUGUGUGGAAUUGUGGGUUUUGCUUUGGCAGCAUUUGUUAUCUAAAGUCAUCCACAAUUAAAACAUUGAGCUUCUUCUCUGAAGAAAGGAAAGUGACACACGAAGAAUUAGGUGUCAUUCUGCAUAAAAGCUUUUACUUUCAUCGGGCUGGAGUAGAAAUCUUAUGCCAUGGAGCUUGGACAAAAGGCUGGGCCAAUUUGCUAUUUGCAUCCUUCAUCAUGAAUCCAUAUCAAGAAAAGUGGUGUACAGUAGUCAGCACUUUUUUAUUUUACAAGGCAAUUGAUACUAUUGUGGUAAAUAUUUGUAGAAUCUUACUAUGUGCAUCUCACCUUACUAAAAGAAAGCUACCCAAAUUAAUCUUUUGUCUUCACUGUAUCAGCUGGGUAUAUCUAUAUACAUUGUUUGUACCUAAAUUGAUGUUAUGGCCAGAAAAUAUGAAUUACACAAAAGCACAACUUGGUUUAUGGCUAUGGUUUAUAGCAGAAUGCCUUGAUUCUGUGUACUUUAGACUUGUAGGAUGUGCAAGAAAUGUACAUUGGCUAGAAAUUUGUUUAUUUCCCCCACCAACGCGGGAAGCGAUUGAAUUGGCUGGAAUACAAAAGAGGCAUAGAGAUUCCUUGAAGAAAUUAGUUAAAAGAACAUCAAAAAAGGCUGAAAUGUGGCAGGCAUUGUUCUGUGUUAUGGCUCUUAAGAAGAAAAUCAAAAGAAUUCGACAAGCAAAACACAAUGAAUCUAUAUCAAUGAUUAAUUCUACAGAAGAGGAAUUAUCUGAACCGGAGGUAACAGAAGAGUCAAGUGAAGAACGGGAGAAUGAGGAAUGUAAUCAAUAUAGUAAUAUUGAAAAUUAA